GUCAGUUGGCAGAAGGGACAGAUCAGCUCGCACAGAAGGAAAUGUAUCGAACAAUUCAACUCGUGGAGAGAGUGUUUGACACCUUCCUUGCUAUUAUUGGCAUCCCUGGUAAUUUGCUGGCGAUUGUCAUCCUUUCCUGGGGAAAGUGCGGUGUAUGCCAGUGCACUACUCGUUACCUGUUGGCUAUGGCAGCUGCCGAUAUGACGGUCAUUUUCACUGAUAUUAUACUGAUGGGUUUUCGUUAUUAUUAUUACCCACGAUCUUUCCUGGACAUCACUCCUGUAUGUAAUGUUAUUGGGAUCCUGUUACGCACAAGCACUGACAGCUCUGUCUGGUUCACUGUCACUUUCUCCUUUGAUCGAUUUGUGACUAUUUGCUGCCAGAAGCUGAAAACAAAAUAUUGCACUGAGAAAACGGCAACUGUUGUUCUAGCGACAACCUGCACCCUGUUCUGUUUGAAAAAUAUCCCCUUCUAUUUUCAAAAUGAACCUGGGGUGAUAAUCGAUAAUGUGCCAUUCUACUGUUAUACAAAGUCAAGCUAUCUUACUGAGACUUGGUGGGUGAUAUUAGAUUGGCUCGAUACAGUUUUAACCCCUUUACUGCCAUUCGCCUUAAUCUUGUUGCUCAAUGCUGUGACAGUCAGACACAUUUUAGUGACCAGUCAAGUCCGGAAGAGACUGAAGGGUGAGAGAAAAGGAGAGAAUCGCAGAGACCCAGAGAUGGAGAGCAGAAGGAAGUCUGUGAUUUUGCUCUUCACCAUCUCUGGGAAUUUCAUCCUCCUCUGGUUGAUCUAUGUUGUAUAUUUCUUAUAUUAUGUCAUUGCAGGAAUUGAUCCUGUCAAUUACUCACCUCUUCUGCACCACUUCGGUAUUGUUGGUUACAUGCUGCAAAGGUUAAGUUCCUGCACAAACACAUUUAUUUAUUUAGCAACAUUGUCUAAGUUCAGAGCAAAGAUCAGCAAUGCAGCAAACUCUCUGGUUACACAAAUUCCUUGCAUUAUGAAUAAAUAAAACUGCUCAGUGAAACCGAAGGGAGGGGCCCAGUGUUUCCACACCGUGGAAUGUUAUUUUUAGUUCAGCCACGUAACAUGGGCCUCACUAUCUGGGCCCAGUAUUUAUUGCCCCGUCCCUAGUUGCCCCCCUUGAGAAGGUGGGGGUGAGCUGCCUUUUUGAACAGCUGCAGUCCAUGUGCUGUGGGUUGACCCACAAUGUCCCUUAGAGAGGGAAUUCCACAAAUUCUGACCCAGCGACACUGAAGGAACGGGGAUAUAUU